UUGUACGUCACGGCCUUACACCGUACUGUCCACUCCAGCAUAAAAAGAUCCGAAGAUGGCAGACUUCUGGUCCGAGGAGAGGGAGGAGAAAUUAAUUCGGUUGCUGGAGGAUCAACCUGUCCUAUACGACGUUGGCAGCAAGGGGUACAGCAACAGGGACAGCAAGAGGAGAGCGUGUUGUGACAUUGCGGUGGCAAUUGGUGUAUCCGAAAAAGAGGUGGGCAAGAAAAUCCACUCCCUCCGGACACAGUACAACAGGUACAGCAAGGCACCAGCUUCGGGGAGUGCCGGUGGGAGAACUGGCAGGCAGGACUGGGUACUAAGGAGGCUCUCUUUCCUGGAGCCAUAUAUCAGGAAGAGAGCUUCUUCGUCCAACGUGGAUGAAAAGAUUGUUGAAAGAGAGAGUGAUGAUGUGGAGCGGCUGGACGAGGAAGAGGACGUGGAAGUAGAGGAGAGCAGUGAACCCGAGGGACAAGGCAGCACCGGCCUCGUCCCUCAGGUUCAGAAGGUCGCAGGCGGUAAAAGAAAGAGGCAAACAGAAAAGCAAGAAGAUGAGGUCCUAAGUGCAUUUGGCAAUUUUCUGAGAAACAGGAUGGAACAGAGGGAGGAGGACACAAUGUCAAUCUUUUGUAAGAACCUCGAGAUGAAAAUGAGGCGAAUCAAGGACCCAAAUAUUUUAUUAGAUUUAGAGCACCAGCUGGAGGAAGCCUGCUACCAGGCUUCACUCAAAGAUAGAGACAACCAAGCCCCCCAAGGCACAGAAAGGAAAGGUAAUCCCUGAUAGUCACAUCACUGUCAAAUAUCUCUGUGACGUCAUCGAACACAAAUGGGCGACGUUUUAUUUGUGAUGCAAUGGUCUGCCAUCCCAGCUACAUCACCAUGUGAUCGCUUACACCAUGAUGAGAUGGAAAUGAUCCUCGAAACACGUUAUUUAUUGAACAGGAUAACUUACUGCUCAGCAUUGAUCUAAUGUCACUUGGUGCGAUUUAUACAAGCCAAGAAAUAAUAUAUUUUUUAAAUUUUAUUGAUGUAGAAUAGUAAUUUCAGAUCAUAAAUAUCAAGGGCUUUAACCAUUUGAAUUGGUGAUGAUAAAAUAGAAAGGUUGUUCUGUGUUAUAGCUCGAUUUUGCAAUCGGUACAGGUUAUUUGCCAAAUCUACAUCAGUUCUGUUGGUUUCCAAAUAAAACUCUAAACUCAUCCAA